UAAGAGCCACAAGAAGUAUCUUGAAAGUGUUUCAAAGCUCAGUAGGCGACAGUCGCGACGGAGGCUGCUGGGGUUAAUAAUCCCUAAUCUCGCAAUAAAGUAUCGCCCUUUGAACUAUGCGACCAAAAUGCUGGUAGCACACGCUCACGUACACGACUGCGCACGUGUACAGAACGAAUUCUCCGUACAACGGGUUUCAAGCUAUUGCGAUACGAUUCAUUCACACAUACGUCUUUGGGCUUAGGAAUCGUGGAAACAUUGCAGCACUAACACAGCUGCUCUCGCUCGAUUAUUUCCGUCACUGCGCUCUUGAGGUCAAGCGCAUCUGCUUGUGUUCACAGCUCGCAAGUGCGCAUUAUCUCUGACUCUGGUCGAUAAAGCGUGACAUACCUAGUAACAUUAGCCCUGCUACGACGAAAGGCCAUUGACUGCUUGUGCUGUGAUAUCCUUUCGCGCAACUAUAUAUAUUUACGUAUCCUUGGUGAUCUCUUGCUCUCUCGCCUUCUGUCUUGAAACACUGCCAGUGGGGCCAUGAGGGUUGCGGUGAUAGGGGCCGGCUGCUGCGGCAUUACGGCCGUCAAGGCGUGCUUGGAAGAAGGACUGGACGUGGUAUGCUUCGAGAAGGCUUCAAACUGCGGUGGGCUAUGGUGGUACCGGGACGAGACGCCCGAGUCGGGUGCCGGUACCGUGAUGCGUUUCACCGUGGCAAAUAGCAGCAAGGAGAUGUCAUCUUACAGCGACUUCCCGCCGGACAAGAACGCACCGCAAUUCAUGACGCACUGGCAGACCUUAGAGUACAUUCGCAGCUACGCGGACCACUUCGGGGUGACGUCGAAGAUUCGCUUCAACCACGAAGUCCUCAGGCUCGAUCGAUACGGCACGCUGAGGAUCCGCGACGCGAAGACCGGACGAGAGUGGGAGGACGUCUUCGACGGCGUCCUGGUGUGUACGGGCCAUCACGGGUCCCCUUCGGUUCCGGACGUUCCGGGCCGCGAGUUGUAUCGGGGGCGUGUGCUGCACUCGCGCGACUACAAGUACGCCGACGACUCGUUUAGAGAUAAGACCGUGGCCGUUGUGGGAUUUGGAAACUCGGCCCUGGACGUAGCUGUGAACCUCACCAGCGUGACACGGCAGGUCUUUCUGAGCACGAGAAGAAUAAACUGGGUCAUUCCGAGCCAUCACAAGUCCGUGCCCAUAGACGUUUACGUCCUGAACCAAUUGAGGCUUUGGCUGUUCAGCUGGGUGCCUCUACUGAGCUUCGGUCGUUUCAUUCUCGGAAUAAUAAAGAAUGCCUGGGACCCAAAAAAGCUGGGCCUCGAAGCCGAUCACGACAUCAUGACGCAAGGUCUUAUCGUCAAUCAGUACAUCGACGGCAAGCUUCUCGACGGCACCGUUAAGAUCCGCGGUCCACCUCAAAGAUUCACAGAGGAAGGCCUCGUCAUGGACGACCUAAAGGAAAACGUCGACGCUGUGGUCUUCGCCACCGGUUUCAAGCCUGCCCUACCGUUCCCGACUGACGCCCUGCCCAGGGACGGGGAUCGACUUCUGCUCUACAAGAUGAUGAUCCCCCCGGCCAACCCAAACGUCGCGUUUCUGGGGUUCGUGGAAGCCAACGGAAGCAUCGCGCCGGUGUUCGAAAUGCAGGCGAGGUACGUGGCUCGAGUGUUCUCGGGCCAAGUGAAACUGCCUUCCCGAGACGCCAUGGAAGCUGACGUCACUGCUGCUCAAGAGGUGAUCAAGUCCUGCUUCGUCCCUACGCCGAGACACUCGCUGAUGAUCGAUAAAGUCGCCUACGUCGACGAGCUUGCAAAAGUUAUCGGCGUCAAGCCUAACUACCUGAAACUUUUCUUCACGGACCCUAGGCUAUACUACACUCUCGUUACCUCUCCCGUGCUCAGCUACCAGUACAGGCUCGAAGGACCUCAUUCGUGGAACGGUGCUCGGGACGCGAUUAUGGGAUUCAAGGCAAGAUCGCGAGCGCCGCUGCUUCCUUGAGAGAAGGGUGGGUGUACGAAAUAAUUGUUAUCGCAGUGAUGAGGCAGUGCUCUAAAAAGACUCUUGUCUUAUUUUCAGAGUUACGUUUCCUUCUCUAGUGUUCUCAUUUUGAGUAGCUAGCACGGCAGAAAAGCGCCGGGGGGGA